AUGACCGUUGAAUUGAACAGUGCGAAUGGAGAUAUCUCCGUGCAGCGAGUGAAGCGAACAGUUCGGAUUGUGAACGAAUCAAUACAAAGGAGAGUGCACAAACGAGAAACAGGAACGAGACCGAUGGCAAGCUACCGUAUGGCCAAACCCUCAUGUCACACGACAAGCCCAGAAGACUGUCCCAAAUGUUGCACUUGCGCACUUGUGGUGCCAGACCCCGUGACGACCGAGAUUCCAUUCCUUGUGACGAUGGGGAAUGGUUACGGUAGUGUACUUAGUGUACUGUACCCAAGCUGUGAUGCCUUUAGUACAGCGAUGCCCCAUUAA